AUGAGCGUGCCAUUGGAAGACACUUUCCUUUUACUAGCUUAUAAGGGUGGAGAUCUUCUUUUGCCAUAUGUUAAACCCAUGGAAGACCUCGUCUUAGCUCUUCUUGAUCGUCACUUUCCAAUUCAGAGCGCACUUUUCUUUGACUGGGUUCGCACACACCAAAGCCCACUUGCAUCUAAACUUGCUCUUAUGAAUCCCAUUCAUGUCGCACUCGUCAUUAUUGCUUACCUUUCAAUUGUUUUUGUUGGCUGUAUUGUCAUGCGUGGGUUUUCAAAGUUUACUCUUUACACGUACUCUUUCUUUCACAACUUGUUUCUGACAGCCUUGAGUGCCUACAUGGCGUAUCGAACUUUGGUUUUGUGUAAGAAACAUCACAUUCGUAUAUUCCAGUUUGAUAAUUCCGUUGAUCAUAGCGAUGCUGCAUUGGAUUUGGCCAAGAUUCUCUGGCUGUUUUACUUUUCUAAAGUUCCAGAAUUCAUCGACACUUUUAUUAUGAUUUUAAAAAAAAACUUUCAUCAAGUGUCGUUUUUGCAUGUAUAUCAUCAUGCCUCGAUUCUUGCUGUCCAGUGGUUGGUUGUGAUGUGGGCACCAGGAGGUGAAAGCGCUCUUUCUGUUUUUCUCAACUCAUCUGUUCAUGUAGUCAUGUAUGGCUACUACCUUUGUAUGGCAAUGGGCUGGAAAUGCGUGUCGUCAAUCAAACCUUUUAUUACCUUGUUUCAAAUGGGCCAGUUUUGCUACUUGAUGGCACAGGGUAUUACUGGAUGGUAUGAAUCCAGUCAAGAUCCAACGUAUACAAACUAUCCUCCACUUUUGGCUGCUAUGCUUGUGUUUUAUAUGAUGAGUAUGCUGGCGCUUUUUGGCAACUUUUUGGUCAAGGAUCGCAGACGGGCUGCCAAGGUUCGUCUGGAUGCCAAAAUCAAGGCAAACAAAUCGCAAUGA